CAGCUAUGUAUGCUAAGUUUUUAUUACAACAGUAUUUCUUUAUAAAUGCAUUGCGCUGUAUUAGACGAAAUUUUAAGUAAUCCACAAGCAUAAAAGGCUUCGCUGGAACGCCGCUUUGUGCAUUUUAUUUAAGCAAGUAUCUUAACUGCAGUGUAGGCCUCCCCUUAUAGUAUUGCUUUUUAAAAGUCGAAAAUGUAAUUCUCCUUUUUCUACGUGGAGACAGGCUAGCGUUUUCAUCUUCUAUUACACAUGUAACAAAAACUUCCGCCCUCGACUGGGGCUUCCGCUUCCGGAUCUGACGUAGGUGCCGAUUUCCGCUGGAACGUUGCUUUCGCUCAAUGAGAAUUCGGAGGGUCUAAAAGUAAAUUUUCGCGUUUCAUUUUGCCAGUCCUAUAACCCUUUUCUGGCCGAAGGAGUCGGAUCCGCGUUCGUAUUAAGAAGUCAUGAAGUUAGUUAGGUUUUUGAUGAAAUUAAGUCAUGAAACUGUCACAGUGGAACUUAAGAACGGAACCCAAGUGCAUGGCACGAUCACAGGAGUAGAUGUGAGCAUGAAUACGCAUUUGAAAGCCGUUAAAAUGACAGUGAAGAAUAGAGAGCCUGUUCAAUUGGAAACAUUAAGUAUUCGAGGAAAUAAUAUUCGUUACUUCAUUCUACCAGACAGUUUGCCUCUUGACACGUUACUUGUUGAUGUGGAGCCAAAAGUUAAGUCAAAGAAGAGGGAGGCUGUUGCUGGCAGAGGAAGAGGGAGAGGCCGUGGUAGAGGCCGAGGGCGAGGAAGAGGUAGAGGAGGCCCAAGAAGAUAAUAUAUGUGAAAACUUCGCCAUUAGAGGAUGUUUUUGUACAGUUUUUUUUUUUCAUACCUGAAUGCACACAAAUACUACUUCAUGAUAUUACUUGUACACUGUACUAGUUAACUACUUAUUGAGGCAUAUUUACUAAUGCUGGGUGCUUUAGCUUGGUACAGUAACCAUAUAGAAUACAUUUUGAUCUACUGGAUGUAGAAAAUACAUUUUAAUUGGUUACUGUUGGUUACUGCACUGGUGCUUAGUGUUAGUAAAUGAUUCCUGUUAUGUACACUGCAUCCCUGCCACACAUUUGUAUAUGACCAGCAUUAGUGUUAUAGGAAUCCUUGUGAUGUUAUAUUCUUCACUGUUCCUUUACAUUAGUAACAGUCCAUUCAGUGCAUUGGACAGGUGCCAGUAACAACUUUCUUCUUGCAUUCCCUUCAAUGCUUUGGUCAAAUACAAAUAUUUUUCAGGUUGCUAUUUAAAUUCACAAAUCGGUUAAAAUCUGGGUUCUGCAACUAGGUAAUUGAUAUUGAAUAUUGGCAUUCAGUUCUUUUUGUAACAAAGUUGGUUGUGUCUUUGUUUUUAAUGCAUAUAAGUUGCAUUUGAAAGCCUAAUAAAAAAAAAAGGUUUUUCA